AUGUUUUCGACUAUAGAAGAUGACGAGUGCGGUGACAUCUUCAGAAUUCCAAGGCUUUCUCAAGGCUUACAUGAAGCUAUAACAAAUAUAAGCAAAAUUGAAGACGUUGACAAUGUUAUUGACGAUAUUAUGAAAUCUAUUCAUAUGGAUGGAGCACACGUAGAUGAACUUCACUGUGUUGAUCAGGUCGUACAGUUUGAUAAGGACAAAGGCAUUCUUACAAGUUGUUGCAAUCCUAAUGAGAAAAACCCCUCAACAUCCAGUUUCCAAUCAAGAAAUUCUGUAAAACAGUUGGAAGAGAGGUUAUUAAGAGAAGAGAGAGUUCGAAAGGAAAAACACAAUAUAAUUGAACGUAGAAGAAGAUUCAAUAUAAAUGAUAGAAUAAAGGAACUGGCAUCACUUUUGCCCAAACCAGCACACGGUAUUAUGACAUUGAAUAAAGGAUCGACUCUGAAAGCAUCCGUUGAAUAUAUAAAGAAAAUGAAGGAAGAGAAAGAGAUCCUGGAAGCACAUAACAGAAAUUUGGAAUCUAAAUAUAAGAAUUUGGUAGUGAAAUUGUUAACAAGACAAUUAGAGGUCGAAAGGAAACUGAACGAAGUAAAAGUUAAUGGUAUGAAAACAAAAACGAACAUGCCACGAGUGCCAUGUGCUUUUGAAUCCAUGAAAUUCAAUAGUUCAGAUGCUUCAGCUACAAUAGACAAAGCCAUAAAUGUAACUGAGGGAGAGGCUUGUUCAUCUAAAUCUGGUUUCAAACCUUUGAAUCAAAGACAAAAGAAAAUGUCAGCAGGUCAACUAUAUGUGACCACGGAUAUCCUUGGAACUUUAUAA